UGACGUGGAGCUAUCAUGACGUGGCUAAUGAUUAUUGGGUCUAAAGGCGUGGAAGGGUUGAACACUACCAGCUGGAUACAAAUCAAAGCAAAGCAUAAAAAUCCAUUCACCAUAAAACCCCGAGCAAACUGCUGUAGAAGACAUAAUCACGUCCUCAACGGUUGGCGAGACGAUCUAAAUUUUCGAGUCGACUCAAAAAUGGCUUUGAACGGAGGAGCUCCCCCAAGAGGAAGUGCAGCAGCAGCUGCAAGCAUGCGUAGGAGGAGGACAACAAGUGGUGGAGCGGGAGCCUCGGGUGGGGCAGCGGGUUCCAUGCUCCAAUUUUACACAGACGAUGCUCCAGGACUAAAGAUUUCUCCAAAUGUUGUACUUAUUAUGAGCAUUGGCUUCAUAGCUUUUGUUGCUGUCCUUCAUGUCAUGGGCAAACUUUACUUUGUCCGUACAGAGUGAGUGAAACCAGCUUCAAUCAAAUUUCAAUAUGUUGACGGCGUGGUUAUUGUAGUUAGUUGUAGCUCUCUUUUAAUCUAAAAUGUUUCUUUUGCCAAAAGCUUCACCAAAUUUAUUAAUUUCUUCGAAUAUCACUGUUCUGUUUGGUAUUGAUAUGUUGAUUCUUUAAAUAUCUGAUUGCAUAAAUGAUCAAUCAUAUUAUGUAUUAUUA